UCAGUGUGUGAACGGCUCAAAACUUGUCAAGAGAACUCACAAAGCUGACGCUCGUCUGAAAAGGACACGAAUACAGAACACAAGACCAGCGUAGGCGACUGAGCAGAAGCCUGACCGGCUGAUCGCCUCCAACACAAAACAAAUGACACAAGCAAAAUUUUAGGAGCUUAUUUUUGUGAUACUUGAAUUUAAUAUAUAUUUUCAAAAACAAAUUUAUCUUAGGGUAUUGAAUUUAGAUAUGUAUUUUCACUUUAAUUCAAAGGCAAAUUAAUGAUACGCUUUGACUCUGAAGGAGACGUGUCCCCUAUACCUCGGGGAAACAGGCGCCAUUGUGGUUCAACCACGAAGUGAGAUUAGCCUGAUCACAACGGUUGAUUUGAGCCAACAUGGCACCCGACCGAUAGAGUUUCAUGGCGGAUAGUCUUGCUGCUACUGGCAGCCAGACGAGCCUAACCACAGGUUUCAGAGCUUGGACAAGGUAGUGAAGAGAUCCAAAGGAUGGCACGGGUGGUGUUCCUCCAUCCAGACCUGGGUAUUGGUGGAGCAGAGCGACUGGUGGUCGAUGCUGCUGUCGCACUUAAGUCUCAGGGAUGUAGCGUUCAGAUCUGGACGGCCCAUUAUGAUCCAACACACUGCUUCUCUGAAACCCUGGACCCAGACCUGCCUGUGAUAUGUGUGGGUGACUGGCUUCCCACUGCUGUGUUUGGCUACCUACAUGCCCUGUGUGCCUACCUGAGGAUGAUCUAUGUGGCCCUGUACCUGGUCUUCCUCAGCGGGGUGGAGUAUGAUGUCAUCUUCUGUGAUCAGGUUUCAGUGUGUAUCCCCGUGCUGCGACUGUCCCGUCACAGGAAGAAGGUUCUGUUUUACUGUCACUUCCCAGACCAGCUGCUGACCCAGAGGAAGUCCCCUCUGAAGAAGCUUUACCGUGCCCCCAUCGACUGGCUGGAGGAACGCACCACAGGCAUGGCUGAUAUGAUUCUGGUGAACAGCCAAUUCACUGCGGGCAUCUUCAGAGAGACCUUUCAUAGUCUAAGCAGAGUCCAGACAGAUGUCCUCUAUCCCUCCCUCAACACGCGUAACUUUGAUCAGCCGUCCACUGAAGCACAAGGCCUGGAAGGGCUGCUCCCUGAGGGAUCCUCCUACCUGUUUCUCUCUCUGAACCGAUAUGAGAGAAAGAAGAAUCUGGGCCUGGCUCUGGAGGCUCUGGCAGCCUUGAGGAGCAGCCUUCCUUCAGGCCAGAGAGCAGGCGUUCACCUGGUGGUGGCGGGGGGCUACGAUGACCGAGUUACUGAGAAUGUUCAACAUUACAUUGAACUGAAAGAGUUGGCAGCGCAGCUCCACUUGGAGGACUGUGUCACUUUCCUGCGCUCCCCCUCCGAUUCACUGAAGGUGGCGCUGCUGCGGGGCAGCACCGCCGUACUCUACACCCCAAGCAGAGAGCAUUUUGGAAUAGUUCCCGUAGAGGCCAUGUACUGCUGCUGUCCUGUUAUCGCUGUGAACUCUGGGGGCCCCCUGGAGAGCGUGGUAGAUGGGGAAACGGGCUUCUUGUGCGAGCCCACAGCUGAGGCCUUCUCUCAGGCCAUGGACAGGCUCGUCAGGGAGCCGCAGCUCCGCAGGGACAUGGGACAAGCUGGGAAGAGGAGGGUACAAGAUAAGUUCUCUCUACAGGCCUUCUCAGACCAGCUGUAUGGGUGCAUUGUCAGACUGAGCCAGUGAUGUGAAGGCUGGAGGAGAGUCAAGAGGAAACCAGUGGAAUUGAGGAAAAAUAAGCCUCUAGUGAACUGUGAAAAUGACUGGAUGACUGGGGUCUGUACAGAGUUGAAGUAGAUGUCUUCUAACAGAGAAUGUAUGGGCAUACGUGCGGGGGGGUGGGGGUAUUAUGAGGACUUAGAGGACAAUUAAUCCGCAUUCCCUUGGAGGGGUUGCUGAGAGGAAAAAAGGAUGGAAUCUCUAUACUAAUUAAGAAAAGAGUAACAAGUUUACCUACCCUAUCUCUGGAAAAAUACCACCCCUGCAAGUGUGUACGUGAGUGUGUGUGUGUAACCUUGCAUGUGCAGCAGCGUGGCAACCAAGAGCCUAGUAAAUGAGUGUACCACAAGGAUUGAUUGUUAGAGUGAAAUGUUUUGCACUGUGUAUGUAUUUUUCUUGCUUUUCUACACUAGUCUUUGUCUUUGUGUGUUUCGGGGAUGAAGAAGAAGAAGAAUGCAGUUACAACCAUGUGCCAUCAGGCAGUACACAGUCCCAGAUCGAUAAACAAGAUGCUUUCCACAACUUCCUGUCCACCCAGAGCUUAGUUCCCCUCCUUGCAUUCACACGACGCUGGCCUGUCCAUGACUCUUGCUGCUGCGUGGAGGUUAUUAGAAAAUGACAGAGUGUUUGGCUUUAUUAGAGGUCUGGCUGAUGGGCAAUGUGCCUGUGUCAGGGUCAUUAUCAACAAGGAGAAUAGCAGAAGGUCAUUGUGUCUGCGCGCUGGCCUCCUCAGCCCUCCUACUGUAUAGAAAUGCUCUUAUUGACAUUCCUGAAGUCUUAAUAAACAAGAGGACAAAUAGUUUCCCGACUCUUAUGGGUUUUUCUUUGUUGGUAAGUUUUUUUUGGCCUUUUAAUAUGGUUUGCUAAGGAUUUUGUGGGUGAGUCUAGAGACACAGAAAUAUUGUUAAUGCUGUGGACAUCUUUGAUUGUGCCUUGAGUUGUUAAAUGAAACAUUCUCAAAGUAGCAGUGACAGAUUUUUUUAUUUUCCAAACUAUCAAAGUUAGUGUGGCAGAAGUACAUAAGAGGAUCUCAAGUUUCUGUCUCCAUCCGCUGCUGCAUUAUCAUUUGCAGAGUCUGAGUUGUAUCCAGAUGCACUUCAUUGUUUUUCUUAAAGGGAAUCUAAAAAAAGAAUUAUUUUCAUUAUUGAUUGAUCUGCUGAUUAUUUUCUGGUUUAAUCAUCUGGGCUAUAAAAGAUCAGAAAAAAGUGAAAAAUGCCCAUUACAAUAUCCCAGAGACGAGGUGAUUUCAUCAAAUGUUUUGUUUUGUCCAACCAGCAGUCCAUACACCAAAAUAUAUUUAUAUAUAUGAGGAAUAGCAGCAAAUUCUAAUGCAAAAUGUGGCAUUUUUGCGUGAAAAAUCACUUUAAUUUAUAUCAGUGAGCGAAAUAGUUGCCGAUUAAUUUUCUUUCAAUGUACUAAUCAUCGCAGCUCUACAAUAAAUUACAGGUUGACUAGUUAUAGACCUAACAUCAUCACACAUCACUCAAUCACUGUCACUUAAGUAUGGAUAAACUCACCUGGGUGCACACAGCGUGGCCGUAUCGAACAAAUGUGGCAAAAUGCUCACUGUUGAAGUUCAUCAGGUCGUAUUUGAACUCCUGGUGCAGAAAAGUUUCAUAGCGAUGCCUCAUCGUCUCCUGUGGCGAUGGAACCAGAUUGUGUUUGUUGUUGUUGACCCUGAUUUGAGUGCCUAUAGGUACUUUGAUAUCCGUAAUAGGCUGCAUGCAGAUUCUGGUCUUCUUCAGAAGAUGAUCACCAUUCGAGUUUGGAACCAUUUGUUGAAGGAAGCUGCGGCAGGCUUUCUGUGUCAUGUUCUCAUCUAGAACAGAAAUACGAAAACGAUGUACUCCCAGUAAAAUAAAUCUUGUGUUUUUUAGUUUUCAGAGUAACAUUUUUUAAAAAGAAAAUUCAAAUGAAGCGAGUAGCAGAGAAAAUCUGUACCUAAGAAAAAAUAAUUGGUUAAAAUGAAGUCACACUUCAUUUUCUUACCUCCCACCCCAAAAUGGAUAACAUGGCCCUCUCCAACAUAAACACCCCAAAGAGACAAUCCCAGCCACAUGUUCACAAACUCAAUCAAGUCUCCAAUCUCUGCUGUGGACAUGCUCUGAUCAAUCUGUAGAGCAAAAGAUUAAAGUAAGAGCAGUUUACCGUGUCACCAUACCCUUUUUUUUCUUUCCACUUGAUUUACACAUUGAAUUCAAGUGAAAAAGCCAUGCCUCAAAUGGAAAAAAUUGAUAUUUAUGAUGGAAAUCUGGGAAUUAAAAAGAGGAUAGACAUGAAAUCACAAUUUGACUUUUGGAGAGUUUCCUGUAACAAUAAAGGACAUUACAAGAGAAGAAAAAUGAGUGAGAUAAUGUUCAGCGAUCAAUACCGAGCUGCAGCAUUAAUGAAGAUUUUAAAAUAACUAGACUCAGUGUCUAAUAAAACUAUAUUCUUACUGUGUGGUUUAAGAAUAUAGUUUAGAAUAAUAGAUUAUUACACAUAAUAUUAGAACUAUAUGAGUUGUUUAAGUGCUUGCACCUGUUUAUACCACCUCUUACAUUAGAAAACAUGGUCAACAAACAUAAACAUGCAUAUAUCUUAUCAGGACUGUAGGCAGGUAUGGCUGCCUUAAGAUAAAAUUUUCUGGAUAUGUUAAUUAAUGCUCACCUGUCGACAUGUCAUUUGAGAAAAAACGCUGUUCCAGUUUCCUGAAAGAGCCAUUGUUGCUCUGAGCAAAAGUCGACAGACGGACUAAAGUGCGUUAUCCAAUUUUUAGGACGCUGUAACCAGGUUGUAUAAUAGUUAAAACGCCUUCAUUAGGCACACAUGGCCUUGACUAACUGUUUCAAGAUGAUAGGCAGCCUAAUAUGUCACCUAUUAAUCUAAUAUGUGCUCUAAUAUUCUAUCAGUCUCAGGCAGACACCAUGAACCUCAGCCAUAUUCCAUAUUCAGAGAUGUUUUUUUUCUGUCAUUUGUCUCAAUUUGUUUUCAAAUGUGUGGCUCACCUGCACUGAGUUUUCAAUUCCCACAUCUCAUAUUGAUUCCGACAUUUCUUCAGAGUCAAUUUCAAAAGCUGAAAUGCAAAGAAACCAACACAAACACCGCUUGUUUUUCAGAACUAUAAAUUAUUUGUCCCUAUAGGUCCAAUUAGUGUCGAUGGCCUUGGUUUAAUUUAAAAUGGAUAGUAAGGUCUAGCAUUUGUAAUAUCACAGAUAUGUGUCUGUCAAUUUAUGUAUGUUAUCGUGAUUUUUUUAUGCAUGAAAAUAGAAUAAAAAAACAUAUCUUGAUUGAAUAUUAAGGAUCUGCUCAGGCCAGAAAAUCCCAGUCCUAUGUACUUAUAACUGUGACAUUUGUUUUGUUGUCGGUUGUUUGAUCUGUAG